GAACUAAUAUAAACAAGCGGAACGACAUGGACAAGUUUGCGAAGCAAAGAAUCAAUAAGCAGCGUGGCGAUUUUCUAGUUACUAGAGAAACGACAAAGACACCACCAUGGCUAUAAAGAAAUGAGGACGAUCGAAGAGUCCUAACUCUCCUUCAAAGCGAAGGGCAUUAGGGGAAGUUCCGCCAGAAGUAAGGUGUUCUUAAUGACAUAUCGUUGCUGCCUAGGCUAUUUUUUUAUUAUUUAAAGACAUAGAAUGCAGUUGUCGCCCACACAUACUCGGUAUCACCCACCCAAAAAACACGAGUCGAUAAACGACAUCAAGGAGGAAAUUUUGCAUCCAAACGACGUCGAGAUGAACUCCAGAAAGAAAUUCAUCGGAAAUCGAGAAGGCCUAAGCCUACUGGCAGAGAAGAGUGACGUCGACACCGAACUAUUCGUCCUCAGAGCGGCCACACUCAACGAGUGGACAAACCAGAAAGCCGAAAAUCGAGAAAAUAUAAAUGAGAGAGACUUGACAGUUCACGGCGGCAAGAUCGUCGCUGAUAUAAUGACUAUCAAACGUUUUUCUAAGCUUCCAAGAAUGGAAGAUCGAGUCCAGAAAUGGACUAUAGCAUUCUGCAACUUCUACGGAGUCUCCUUCAAAGACGUUGAAACAAAAGAUAUUCCGCCUCAAUUGAGGCUCGUCUUCAAUCGACGGGCCACUGUCUGCACGUUAUAUAUAUGGCAGACACAUCGCAAUAAGGAAAGACGCUCGCGAAUUCUAGAAAAUGCCGAUACUAUUAUUCGAAGCUGGUUGAAUAAUAAUGAUGUGGGUCUAUUCGCAGAAGGGUCUCAUGUGCUGAAGCUUUGUGAUAGAAUUGAUGAAGACUGGCUUUUAGGCUAUGUCUAGGUAGCGAUCAGCAAUAGAUUUCCACGCGAAUUAUGUCAUUGUGGAAGAAGCAUCCCAAAUGUCCGAGACGAUGUGCCUAAAUGGCAUCGUGAGACAUUUUGCUUCCGCAAAGAAAAUACUCCUUAGUGGCGCAGUUACCUCCGACUGUUACUUCUAUGCAUCGCAAUGAGUGCUAGUUAUGAGUCGGA